UUUUUUUGAGAUGGCUUUUACUCUUUACCUUUCACCUUUAUUUUUACUUGGCUCAAAUCACUAUAGCUGUCCAUCCUAUACUGCUUUAUUCUUUAUCUCUUUCAAUGAUGAAUUGCUGGUCUCGUUUUAAGCAACACCUUUCCUUUAAUUACAAUUACAAAGAAGAAGACUUGUGUAAUAGCAAGCUUUUUAGAAUCGACACUGAACCCUUUCGUAUCAUGUCCGAAGAACUGGAGAAAUCUCAUUUUUACAAUGAUAGUUUAAUGGGGGUAGCCGACUUUGACAUUGUCAGUAGUUUAAAAGUUGGCUUAAAACCACACAAUAACGAUAAGUACAGUAGAAUGCUCCUUCACACAUGGUCUCUAAGAUUGAAUAAAAUCGAUGCUACAAAUGUAAAAGUGUUAUCUGUAAUGCAUAUCCGCCUUCAAAAGAUAUCAAAGAUCUUGCUAACUCUCUCAGCCUCCUCAAACAGUAUAAAAGGAUAUAGAAAUAAUGGAACUUUGAGUUCAUCAGCUCACCCAAUCAUAUCUGAAUGCUUGAAGGAUUGGAGUGAUGGUUCAACAUUCAAUUUGAGCGCAAUUUAUAAGGAUGAAACAGCACUAACAAAAUUAUACACGGACAAAACGUUGAUAGAAGAAGACGCGUCCACAGAGUUACAAAUUGUAAAGCAGCAAUUUAAACAUCAUUAUCAACAACUAAAAGAUAGACAGCAUGAUGUUCUUAAAAUGCACGGAGCGAAUAUAUCGAAAAUCAAAAGAUGCAUAAAGUAUUUAUAUCAAGUUAGAAAAGACCUUUGCAUACAUAAUUAUUAUAUAUCUAGUCAGUUCAUAUUGCUCCGAGAUUGGAUGGGUAAGAUAGCAGCUACAGCCUCUACAUUAACUGACGGAAAAGACGAAGCGCAGGCAUUCUUGACUUUUGAUAAACCGCACGAUGAUCACCCUGUUGGACUCCUUUUUGAAAACGACCUACAGCUGCAGCAAUUGCACAGACAAUGGCAACAAGCAUAUAGAAAAGGAAUAAAUUCAUGCGCCAACUUUCAACGACAGGUACAAAUAAUUCUUACACAAAGCUUAUUGAAACUAGAUAGCAGUAUCAGCAACAGCCGCCGCCAAGAAUCACUGAAGUGUACCAUAUGUCUUUCUAUGUACAGUGAACCCAUCACGUUAUCGUCUUGUCAACAUACAUUCUGCAGAGAUUGUCUCCAACGCAUGUUUUGUAGUGCAUGCUAUCAAUACCGUCAAAAACUACUAAACCGCCUAUCCAUGAGACUAUCGCAUUAUAUGUAUUAUAACAACAACCGUACGCUAUCGAUGCCACUGAUCAAUUGCCAUUGUAGCUGUAUUGAUACUCGAACCGGCGAUAUCAUUCCACUUUAUCAGCGAGAAAAAAAUCGUACGAGGUGUCCUUUAUGUCGAAGCUCUUUUAAACCAGAAGACUGUAUUUUAGAUACAAAUCUGGCCAAAUACAUUCAGCGACACCAUCUUCGAGAGCACGAGAACAAUGACACACUGUCGUUGCAGAAUAAGAUGAAGCGAGAAACACAGUCGUUAGCAAAAGACAAUAAAGAAAAAGUGGAAGCACGCAACAGCUACAAUACCAACAAAGUGUCGAACCAGCUCCUGGGUGUCUUAACUCGGUAUUAACGCUUCUAUAUCGACUGAUAGCUUGGUUUUUUUCUAAAUUGGAAAAUUGAUCAUAUGGAUCUUGUAGCCAAUCGGCCUCUUUCACUGCUUUCAAUUUAUUGAAAGGCAACCAAUUUGCGAUCGGUUAACUAUUGCUAUUUUAAGGAAAUGAGCACAUAAUGUAACAUUCUGAAAGCGCUCUGUGAACAAAUAAAUAUCCAUAUCAGUAAUAAUGUAUGUUAGAUGUUAAAUAGAUAGUAAGAGAUGAGAUAAGCCUGAUGGAAGAUUGGUACAUAGACUUGGCAAAAUACGACGCGUUAAUUUAAGCCUACUACUGCCUUAUAGAUUUCUACGAGAAAAGAACCAAGCUGCGUUGAUAAGAUAAUGUCAGGUUGAAAAACAGUACUCUUGUCGUUUCCUUUUUUGAUAAGUGAAAGAUUAAUUUCAGCUGAUGGUCCAAAAGUUGUUCAAAAUUUUUGAAGCCUUAAAAGCAGCAUUUUUAUACGAUUAAACAUGA